CUACUUCCGUCUGGUGAGAAAUCCCAAUUAUUAUGAUUAUCCAUUCAGUGGCCUCCUAAGAGGCUGAACGGAGAAAUGGAAAUCCUACCCAGAACAGAUCUUUACACAUAAUAAUACGAUGUCUUCCAUGGUGUGGGGCUUGUAGUCGCUAUGACAUUUCAGAUAAUCUACUGUUAUGGAAUAGAUCUGUGCCUUGUGCAGAUUUGGUUGUGUUCUCUUCACUGUCUUCAAUGGAAGGUGAAGCUAGGGACUUUUGCUGUGGGGGUCAGUUCACUGAUGUGUCAUUAUGCAACUGCCACAGUUCUAGAUUGAGUUUAUGUAUUCAACUUUGACUUUUGGUAUAAAUAUAUUUUCAUUGUUAUAAAGGGGAAGAAAACUCUCACUUAUAUGCUUCAUGUUUGCCCAAACUGCUGAACACACUUUGGAAACUGUCAGAUUUAGCGCAGAUAUUUGUGUGCAGCAACAUUGCAGAAAGAACUACAUGCUAGUGAUCCAGAUGUUCUUUAUUUUUUGCUUGACUUUAUGGAGGGUUUAAACUAAUUUGGCAGGAGGAUGGAACUAAGAAGGUAACAUCAAUGGGUCAAAACAGAAACCCAGGGAAUUGAAAGCUAUGUAACAUUGGAGCAAGAAAUAGUAGGACAUCAAAUGAAGAAGUGUGACCAGGUCUAAAUUAGAUUUAUUGAAUUUAAAUGUAUAAAAAGCUGGUGUACUGAAUGUACAAAAUAUAAUGUGACAAUGAAGGAUUGUGGCUCAAUACAAUUCCAGGACACUCCUAACAAUUCCUGGAUACAACAUCUUUCAGAAAAACGUAGAGGAAGAGAAAAAAGAGGCUGGUAAUAUUGAUUAAGAACAUACUACCAUGCUGGUGAGCAAGGAUGCCAAAGGAAUUAGGGACAGAAUCUGAGUUAGAACUAAGAAACAGUAGAGUUUACAUUACAUCAUUAAGUAUAUUCUGAAAACCAUCAAAUAGGAAAGAUGUAGAGAAAAAAAUGGAAUUCUGAAAGGUGUGGAAAAUUAUAAUGGGGUUAAAAUGGUCAUUUAAUUAUCAAAAUAUAGACUGGGAUAGUAAUAGUGUAGAGAGGAAACAGGGAGAAGAAUUCCUGAAGUGUUCAGGAGAAUUUUCCAGAUGACUGAGAAGUCACAAUGAGUGUAAAGGCAUUUGAACUUGUUCCUGUGCUUGGACAGGAUCUGCUGAUAGGAGAAAAAACUUGGAUUUCUGUUGACUGCAUUGAAUGUUGUGGGAAGAACCUUUAUGUAGGAACAAGUGACUGCUGUAUCUAUCACUUUAAAUUGGAAGAGAAAGCAUCCGCCUCCGGGAGACUUGCAUUUACUCCAACAAAACAACUAUACAAGUAUCUAGGGGUAAAAAAAGCUGUGAAUGAGCUGAAGGCAGCAUCUGCUUUGAACAGGCUAUUGGUUUUAUGUGACAAUAUUGUCAUUUUAAUGGAUAUGAUCAGCCUAGAGCCUGUACCAUCAGGAGCUAAAAUCAAAGGAAUAACUGCAUUUGUUGUGAAUGAGAACCCAGUGACUGGAGACCCCUUCUGUAUUGAGCUUUGUGCCAUUUCAAUGAAGCGGAAAACUGUACAAAUAUACACAGUACAUGAGGACCGUGUUCAGUUAAUAAAGGAAAUAUCUACACCAGAGCAGCCAGUUGAUAUGGCUGUAGAUGGGUACUUCCUUUGCUUGGCAAUGAGCACACAAUAUAUUAUUUUGAGUUAUAACACUGGAACUUCACAGGAUCUGUUUCCAUAUAAUAGUGAGGACAAACGACCGAUAGUGAAACGGAUUGGUCGAGAGGAAUUUCUGUUAGCUGGUCCAAGUGCAUUGGGAAUGUUUGUAACAGCUGCAGGAAUCUCCCAGCGUGCACCUGUUCACUGGUCAGAGAAUGUGAUUGGAGCAGCUGUAUGUUUUCCUUAUGUGGUAGCUUUGGAUGAAGAAUUUGUUACAGUACACAGCAUGCUUGACCAACAACAGAAGCAGACCAUUCCAUUUAGAGAUGGCCAUAUACUACAAGACUUUGAAGGGAAAUUGAUUUUAGCCACAAGUAAAGAAGUGUAUUUCUUGGUGCCCUUGCCCUUGGAAAGGCAAAUUCAAGAUCUUCUGACCAGCCAGAGAGUAGAAGAAGCACUGCUCCUAACAAGAGGAGCUCGACGAAACAUUCCAAAAGAGAAGUUCCAGGGUAUGUACAGAAGAAUUCUGCAGCAAGCAGGAUUUAUUCAGUUUGGCCAGCUUCAGUUUUUGGAAGCUAAAGAACUCUUCAGGAACGGCCAGCUUGAUGUUAGAGAGUUGAUGUCUCUCUAUCCAUUACUGCUUCCUUCAACUUCAACAUUUAUACGGUCACAUCCCCCAUUACAUGAAUAUGCUGACUUAAAUCAAUUAAUGCAGGGUGACCAGGAGAAGAUUACAAAGUGCAAGCGCUUCCUUAUGAGCUAUUUGAAUGAGAUUCGGAGCACUGAAGUAGCAAAUGGCUAUAAAGAAGAUAUUGACACAGCUUUGCUAAAACUGUAUGCUGAAGCUAAUCAUGACAGCUUGCUGGAUUUGUUGGUUUCAGAAAAUUCAUGUCUCUUAGUGGAUAGUAUACCCUGGCUGGAGAAACACAAAAAGUAUUUUGCACUUGGUCUUCUUUAUCACUAUAAUGGUCAACAUGAAACAGCACUACAGUUAUGGGUGAAGAUAGUUGAAGGACAGCUCCAGGAUACAACCCGUUCAGAUCUUUUUGAGUAUAUUGUGGAUUUUCUCAGUUUCUGCUCUAACCAUGAACUGGUAUGGAAGUAUGCAGACUGGGCCUUGCAGAAAAAUGAAGAGGUUGGUGUACAAAUUUUCACAAGGCGACCCUUAGAUGAAAACCAGACAAAUAUGAAUCCAGAUGACAUUGUCAACUACCUUCACAAGUAUAAGAAAGCUGUUGUCAUGUACUUGGAACACUUGGUAUUUGAUAGAAAUAUUCAGAAGGAAAAGUACCACACUCAUUUGGCUGUUCUGUACUUGGAUAAAGUUCUAGAAUUGCAUCCCCAGUCAGGUAGCAUUUCAGAAGAACUAAUUUCAGCUCGUCGCAGUCUCAAGAACCUGCUUCAACACUCUAAUCUCUAUAGAGUUCAUCUUUUGCUAGGUAAAAUUAAAGAUACUGAUCUCUAUAUGGAAUGUGCAAUAUUACAUGGAAAACUGGAAGAACAUGAGAAAGCUCUUGAAAUACUAGUUCACAAGUUAAAGGAUUUCCAAGCAGCUGAGGACUACUGUUUGUGGAAUUCUGACGGAAAAGAUUUUACAUGUCGGCAGAGGCUCUUUCACAUGUUGUUAGCACUUUACCUGCAGCCAGGUGUCACCAGCGAUGUGUUAGCAAUGGCUGGUGUGGACCUUCUAAAUAACUACGCUGUUGAAUUUGAUGCAGUUCGAGUUUUACAGCAGGUCCCUGAUAAUUGGUCAAUUCAACUGCUUUCACCAUUCCUAACCAGGGCAAUAAGAGGGAGCUUUCAUUCGAAGUGCACAGCAGAACUUACAUCAGGCUUGGCAAGAUCUGAAAACUUAAAUUAUAAAUAUGCAAAGGUAAAAUCAAGAGGAAACAUUAUUACACUUUCAGAUAAAAAAGUCUGCCAAAUAUGCCAGGGUUUUUUCACAGAACCAGUCUUUGUGCGAUAUCCAGACGGCCGUCUUGCUCAUAUCCAGUGUGCUACAAAAUACCAGAGCCUGCCUGCUACUGAUCAGAACUUUGCCAGUCGCAGAAAUCAGUCAUGAAAUAGUGGCCUUGACAUGGUGGGUUCGUCACUUGAAAGAUUAUCUUGUUGAAGAUCACUAUAGGGAAGAGGAGUAUGCUGCUAAUCAAGAAAGAAGAAGAAAAAGAAACCAGUUUGCAUCAUCUAGAACUUUCCAGUAGGUAGCAGUGAUUUACAAAGUAAAUGCAGCCAAGCAUUACCGGAACUUCUAAAAUUCUCCAUCACUAAGGAUGAUGCUAUUUGCUGUAGUUUGCAACAUGCAGAAAACACUGUCCGAAAACCUGGCCCUGCUUAUUGACAAAGACCGUUGUUCUGUACUGGACGAUUUGGGAAUGUUGUCCAGUGAAUGUGCAAGUAUCAUACUUUAUCCCUUGAACAUUUGCCUUCCAUUGUAUAUGUAUAGGCUGUUCCUGCUGCUCUGAGAAAAACUCAGAGUCUUGGAUCAUCUGAGCAUCUGUAAUAGACUUUGGUCCGAUAAUUCUGAAUAACUUUUAGGUAUGAGCAAUGGAUUUGUCUCUCACUUGGGCCAGUAUGUAUAUAUUUCAAAAUCUGACAGUUCGUUGACAUGCUAAUGGAUGAUGUCCUAUGUGUAUCUAUGACUUGGACCUAACCAGCUGUUUUACGUAAUGAAUUUAUAAGCACUAUACUUUCCUUCAGAUUUGAGAUGGAUAUGACUUUUCCACCAGUGAUAAUGGAUUACAGGCUGUCAGUGAGUGCUGGUGAGGGAAGGGGAACAGAAAGGAUCCAAGAGAGCAAAUUAAUGUCUGGUCUCUGAUAUGCCAAGUUUGUGAAUCUGUAUAUUCAUGACGUAUGCAUGAAAUUUCCACAAAAUUUUAAAGGGAAAGAAUUGGGAGGUUAGACUAAGAAGCUGAUUGAAUAGAUUUUAAUUUCAGUAAUUCUAUUGAAUUUGGCAAGAAUGUUUUGGCUACUUUAAGAAUACUGGUUUAUCUAAACGAUCUUGAAACAUAAAAGCAAUUUUCAUGAAGCAAAAUGUUUGACUUUCAAAUCUAUGAAAAUGAGAAUAAAUAUCCACUUUCAUCCUGUUAA